UGAGCUGCACCUCCACGGGCUCAGUCUGAGGCCCCAGCUGGUGAGCAAUGCGCGCUGCAGACCUGUAGCCGACUCACACGUCUCCAGCAUGAAGACAGCUGCAGUGCGGGUGCUCCUGACCCUGGCUCUUUGCCUCGUGCAAGAUGCUGCCAGUGAGGAUGAAAAUCAGGAAACAUGCAAUCAAUAUCGGGCAUUGAUGAAAAAUGGAAAAUUGUUCUGUUCCCAAUAUAAAAAACUUUCUCAAAGCCCUGAUGGAAUAAUGUUCAUCAACAAAUGUGCCACGUGCAAAAUGAUAUUGGAAAAAGAAGCAAAAUCCCAGAAAAGGGCCAGGCAUUUAACAGGAGCCCCCAGGGCCACUGCCCUAGCAAAGUUGAAUUGCGAUGAUUUCAGGAAAGGAGAAAGAGAUGGGGAUUUUAUCUGUACCCUUGAUAAUACAGCUGUUUGUGGCACAGAUGGGAAAACGUACAGCAACAAGUGUGUGCUGUGUGCUGAGAACGCUAAAACCAGGUCCCAAGUUGGCAUCAGAAGCGAAGGGGAAUGUGAGGGCAGUCGUCUAGAGCAGGACGACUGUAGUGCUUUUCGCCCUUACGUGAGCCAUGGAAGGCUUGGCUGCACGAGAGAAAACGAUCCAGUCCUCGGUCCUGACGGGAGGGUGCAUGGCAACAAGUGUGCCAUGUGUGCCGAGCUGCUCUUGAAAGAAGCUGAAGAGACAGCCAGGCAAGAAGGAGAGACCAGAACUCGACAAGAUGCUGAAAAGGAUUUUUGCAAGGAAUAUGAAAACGAGUUGAGGAAUGGAAAACCCCUCUGUACACGGGAAAGAGACCCAGUCCAUGGCCCUGAUGGCAGGACGCAGGGCGACAAAUGUGCCCUGUGUGCCCGGAUUCUCCGAGCAGAAGCUGAAGAAAAGAAAAAGGCUGAAGCAGGAGCAAGAAGUAAAAGAGAACCUGGAAAAAUGCCCUCGUACGCAGAGCUCUGCAGUGAAUACCGCAGGCUGGUGAGGAAUGGGAAGCUCCCCUGCACCAGAGAGAACGACCCCAUCCUGGGCCCAGAUGGGCAAAUGCACGGCAACACCUGCUCCAUGUGUGAGGCCUUCUUCCAAGCAGAAGAAAAGAAAAAGAAGGAAAGUGAAUCAAGGAAUAAAAGACAAUCUGAGACUACGGCUUCCUUUGAGGAGUUGUGCAGUGAAUACCGCAAAUCAAGGAAGAAUGGGCAGCUUUUUUGCACGAGAGAGAAUGACCCCAUCCAGGGCCCAGAUGGGAAAAUGCACGGCAACACCUGCUUCAUGUGUGAGGCCUUCUUUCGAGAAGAAGAAAGAACAGCAGCAAAGGCUAAAAGAGAAGCUGCAAAGGAACUCUGCAGUGAAUUUCAGAACCAAGCGAGGGACGGAGUGCUCAUGUGUACCAGGGAGAAUGACCCUGUCCGUGGCCCGGAUGGCAAAAUGCAUGGGAACAAGUGUGCCAUGUGUGCAAGCGUGUUCAAACUUGAAGAAGAGAAGAAAAAUAAUGGCAAGGCAGUAAAGGAGAAAGUUAAGAGAGAGACAAUACAGGAUACAUGCGACGAAUUCCGGAGGCUUUUGCAAAAUGGAAAUCUUUUCUGCACACGAGAAAAUGACCCCGUGCGCGGGCCGGACGGCAAGACGCACGGCAACAAGUGCGCCAUGUGCAAAGCGGUCUUCCAGAAGGAAGAGGAAGACAAGAAGAAGAAGGAAGAGGAAGACAAGAGGCACGUCCCCGGGGACGCCCCCGGCGCGGGCGUAGGGGGGGACGCCCAGGACCAAUGUGCUGAGUUUCGGGAAGAAAUGCAAAAUGGGAAACUCAGUUGCACUCGGGAGAGAGAUCCUGUACACGAUGGUGAUGGCAAAACAUACAACAACAAGUGCCUCAUGUGUAAACAGAUACUGCAAAGAGAAGCAAAGGAAAAAAAUAAGCAUCCUGGCAACAGAUCAAAUAGGACUGAAGCAACAUCAAGAAAGGAUCUAUGUGAUGAGUUUAGAGGCCAAAUGAAAAACGGACGACUCAUCUGCACCCGAGAAAGCGACCCUGUCCGCGGUCCAAAUGGCAGGACGCACGGCAAUAAGUGCUCUAUGUGUAAGGAACGGCUGGAGAGAGAAGCUGCUGAAAGAAAACAGAAAGACAAGGACAACGUGGGACGCACAGGAGAGAAGAGCAAUGAAAAGCAGGAUCAGUGCCAUGAAUUCCGGGACAUGGUGAGAAAUGGAAAGCUGGUGUGCACCUCAGACUAUGAUCCUGUUCGAGGUCCAUACGGCAAGAUGCACCCCAACAAGUGUGCCAUGUGUCGGAGCAUCUUUGAGCGAGAAGCUAAUGAAAGAAAAAAGAAUGAAGAAAAAUCAAGUACCAAGCCCUCAAACUAUGCAAAGGAUUCUGAGAUGUGCAAACAAUACCGAAUAUUGCCCAGGUUGGGUUAUCUUUGCCCAAAGACUUUACAGCCCGUCUGUGGUGAUGAUGGCCAGACGUACAACAAUCCCUGCAUGCUCUGUCAUGAAAACUUAAUCCGCCAAACGAAUAUACAUAUCCGCAGGGAAGGGAGGUGCGAAGAGAACAGCGCCCUGAACACAACGCCUUUGGUCAUGCAGGCCUCUGACAAAUCACGGGAGAACUGCUGAAGGCCCUGAGGGAAAACACAUGCCCUGAUUCUGAAUCAUCUACCUUCCCCGCCUGCACCUACAGAGAGCUCUGCAGAGCUCGUCUCAUUUGCUGUAGAGAAUAAAACGGAGCUGUUGGGGGAAUGGACUCCCUGA